ACUCAAAAAUAAAUUCAAAUGCUGAAGCUGAGACAGAUAAGACGCCUCAAAUUAGCUAAAAUAGGCCAUAAUGUGCGAUUUUGCAGUACAAACGCUCAACGUCACAUUCGGAACAUUGGAAUAUUGGCUCAUAUUGAUGCAGGCAAAACCACAACGACUGAAAGAAUGCUCUUUUAUGCUGGCAAGACGCGAGCCCUGGGAGAAGUGCAUCACGGCAAUACGGUGACAGAUUUCCUGCAGCAAGAAAGAGAACGUGGAAUAACGAUUUGCAGUUCGGCAGUCAGUUUCAAUUGGAAAGAACAUCGAAUCAAUCUUCUCGAUACACCGGGUCACAUCGAUUUUACGAUGGAAGUCGAGCAAUCCUUGUCAGCAGUAGAUGGCACUGUCGUGAUACUUGACGCAUCUGCUGGAGUAGAGGCACAAACGACAACUGUUUGGGGACAAACGGAGAGACAUGCGUUACCGCGGCUCGUGUUUGUGAACAAAAUGGAUAGGGGUGACGCGGAUUUCGUUGCCUGUCUCAAUGAUUUACGCAAAAAAUUGGGAGCUAAUCCGGUCGCACUGCAAUAUCCCAUUCACGACAAAAGCGGUUUCACCGGAAUGAUUGAUUUGGUGCAGCAGAAACAAUUGACUUUCGAUAAAACGAAUCAAGGUAGAAGUUAUAGAAUUCAACCAGUGGAGUCCAAAUACGAGGAUAUUCUGAAAAAACAUCGGAAUGAGUUAAUUGAUGCACUAUCGGGCGUCGAUGAUGCCUUGGCAGAAGUAAUCAUAGCAAACGAUAGUCUGGAAAGUGUGGAGCUGCAAAUAGUGCUCGAGGCAAUAAGACGAUCUUGUAUUGAACGUAAAAUCAUUCCGGUUUUACUGGGAAGUGCCUAUAAGAAUACAGGAGUUCAACCACUUUUGGAUGCCGUCUUGAAUUAUUUACCAGCUCCGUUUGAACGAAAUAAAAUAUACGAUUGCUUUGGCAACGAUUUUGUGGGUAAAGUUUUCAAAGUAAUGCAUGACAAACAACGUGGACCACUUAGUUUGGUCAGAGUUCAUCGUGGUGUGCUAAAGAAAAAUUCCCGGGUCACUACUUCGAAAGGAGGGGCUGAGCAAAUUACGCGAAUUUAUGAUCCACUGGCCGAUGAAUAUGUGGAAACAAAUCAAAUCGGGGAAGGAGACAUUGGCGUUUGUUCUGGACUGAAACAUACCGUAACAGGUGACAUUCUAGUCUCGAGUAUGUCGUCUUUAAAAAGUGCCCAAAAACGUUUGAUGGAAUCGUUGAAGAAAGAAACCCCGAAUCCCGAUGAUGAGCAAGAUGAAGAUGUUGAAAUAUUAAAAUCUGCCCUCUCUCUUGAGCCCAAAAUUCCCGAUGCAGUGUAUUUCUGCUCAAUCGAGCCUCCAUCUCAGGCAUAUCAACAGUCACUUGAUACGGCAUUAAAGCAAAUUCAACGUGAAGAUCCCAGCCUAAGAGUUCAUUAUGACGAAAAUACGGCACAAACUGUCCUCGGUGGCAUGGGGGAGCUUCAUUUGGACAUUAUCAAGUCUCGAUUAUUGACAGAGUACAAAAUUGAGGCGGAUCUGGGACCCUUACAAAUAGCUUAUAAGGAAACAAUCAACGCUCCGAUGCGAGAAACUGUAGUUCUUGCGAAAGAAAUUGCCGGUACCAAGCAGAACGUGACAAUAGAGUUGACCGUUCAAAACAUCAAGGAGUCCAAGCAUCCGGAAAUAUUUCGUUUAGAUACCUCGAAAGAAGCUGCUGAAGCCUUGUCAGCCGUUAGACCACGAAUUCUCAAGUUAGUCCGAAAAGGAGCCCUUGCAGCGUUAUCUCGAGGUCCUCGUCUUGGGUGUCCCGUAAUAGAUGCGCAAAUUAUUUUGCAUGCGAUCACAACUGGACGAGGUACAGCGGAUUCCUUCAUUAUGGCUGCCGCAGGUCAGUGUGUUCACAAAAUUUUGCAAAAUUCCGACUCUGGUCUGUUGGAACCCAUUAUGGAACUGCAAAUAAUUGCACCACAAGAACGUAUUUCGGUGAUAUUGGGAGAUCUGGGAAGACGUCGUGCGAUAAUUAAUGAUGUUCGUCCCAAAGGAGAGCAAAAUAAAGUAAUUGAAGCCUUAGCGCCGCUCUCGGAGCUCACCGGUUAUUCGAGUACGAUACGUACAAUCAGCUCGGGUACCGCUAGUCUCAUUCUAACGCCACAUAGCUACGCUUCAAUGACUCUUCAGGAUGAAACGAGAGCCAUUCAGAAAGCUCAAGGACUCCUUUAACGUCAAUACGAUGUGUAGAACUCAGUUACAAAAAAAAAAAUAGGUAAUAAUUGUUUUACAAUAGUGUAAGUUGAUUUAAUGUACAUUAAAACACAGUAUAUUUAUAUUUACCAGUA